GCGGCAGCGAGCGGUUUGCACUACGAUCUCGUUGUUUUAUAUAUCUAUAUCCAUAUAUAUAUAUAUAUAUAUAUAUAAAUUUUUUUUAGUUUUCAGUUGUUCGUUUUUGUAGUUGCAGUUGCGCACGCGCGUGGUUUUCGGUAUUUUUGUUUCUAGCGAACUUCUUCAGCUGAUUAAUUAAACAAUACACGAACUUAAGCAGCGGCUGUCCUGUUUGGGUAGCGACUCAACUCAGUCCAGCCGGCAAUGCCUUGGGGUCUGGCUCCGAAUUAAAAGGCAGCUCUACCAUAAAAAAAGGAUCUGCGAAUCGGGAUCGAAUUAUAAUACCCUUUUUAGCCAUGCCGUACAAUCUGUGGCUGCGACGACGCCUCCAGCUGUUGGCCUCGUUGCUCUUUUGCGGAUUACUUGGCUAUCUCACAUCGGAGGCGGUGGCCAAGCCCACGCUUUCCUUUAGCCUGCCGCAGGGCCUCCAGGGAUUCCCCUCAUUCCAAUCCUUCACCCAACAGAUCAUCGAGCAGCGCAGCGUGCGCCAGAUGAAGAAGUACAGCGGAAAGCGGGUGAGCAACGACUCGCUCAUUAUGAUAUACUAUCACGAUCAGACCAUAGCCGUUACGGAGCUGGGGCCACAGAAGCUGCUCCUAGGGUGCGAGCUCAUCGAAAUCUACAACGAGAAGGAGGGCAAGAUGCUCCUGGACGGCCUGUCGCACUAUAAUCGCCCCUUGGAGAUCAAAUUCGAUGAGAUGCUGAAGCUAAUGGACCAGUGCGAGCAUGUGGACAAGCUGAGCUUUGCCACCCGGCACAAGGCCUCCAAGCUGGAGGGCGGCGGAGAGCGGAGCAGCAGCAGCAGUGGCAGCGAUUCCUCCUCGACGGCGGUGAGCCUAAAGUUUGGUGCCAAUAUCCUUCCACGCAGUCCCAUCUCUCUGCUCAGCGGGAUAAUACCAGGCACAAAGUGGUGCGGCACUGGUGACAUUGCCAAUACAUACAGCGAUCUGGGCAGUGAGAUGGCCAUGGAUCGAUGCUGUCGCCAGCAUGAUUUGUGUCCUGUGAAGAUCCGGGCCUAUCAGCACAAAUACGAACUGGAGAACGAUUCCCUGUACACCAAAUCACACUGCAUUUGCGAUGACAUGCUCUUCUCCUGCUUGAAGAUGACCAAUACCUCGGCCUCGCAGCUAAUGGGCUCCAUUUAUUUCAACCUGGUGCAGGUUCCCUGUUUGGAUGGACGCAGCAAUACAUACAAGUUCCGGGCGGCCAAGGAGGGUUUCUAGGGGGAUGACAUCGAUGCGGUGUUUCUGAGGGGUUUAAUGUACAGGAGGGAAGGUGAUGAGAUUGAGAUGUAUAAUGGAUGUAAAGCGAGGGUGGGGAAAUCAAUGUAUUUAUUUGUUUUUACAAACGAUAUGACGCCCGAUUUUUAUUUUUCAAAUAUUCUGUUGGGUUUUACAGUUUAGCGUUACGGUUUAUCUAGAUAAGUAUAUAUAUAUAUAUAUUGUAUAAAGUAGAAUUGCAAUCUUUGUUAUACAAAUACGAAUAUAAAUAUUAAUAUAUAUAAAAAUUGGGUUAGUCGUCUUUAAUCGUCAACAGUUACAAAAAAAAAAGAAGAUAAAAUUGGGACACGGACACGGACACAGAUUU